AUGGCCUAUUACGAUUCCAUUCGAAGUAAGAGCAGUUACUGGGCAGCGGUGUCGUCUCGUCAAUCCCAGAACUCCCAGGCUCUCCAAAGUUCGACUCACCAGGAGACUACUGCUCUUCACUGGGGCAUCGACCAUCUCUUCGCUUGGCGAGUUAUCUGCAAGCCUCCCAGCGCAAUUCUUCCUUUCUUCCAGUGCAAGGUUGAAUUUGCCGAAGCAGGCAAGGAUGAGUGGCACCAAGUGAUUCGUCAAGUGAUUGAUGGUCCUAGAGAGAGUAUCUCAGCUCUAAGCAAGAUGAGCCAGGCGGAGAUAUUUCAAUCCUAUAGCAGGGGGCCCUGUGGACUCAUCUGGGCCGACUUGGCAAUUCUUCUGCAACCAGAAGCUCCCAAUAGCGACCCAACCCCGCCGACCGUGCGCCCUAACCCCCAGAAUGCUUAUCUCUUCUUCUAUCUCGACUGUCCGGUAGUGCCUUGUCCUGCGGAGGUCACAGUCAACUUUGCGAGCAGUCUAAUCCGAACUAUUCUCAGCUUUUCUCAACCACCGGAUGAAAGAUCAUCUACCAUUGAGUAUCGCGGGAGGCUUAGAUACAGAGGCGAAAACUCCGAGUCAGUCGAUGAGGGAGGGAUUGAAGCUAUUCCCUCAGGGAUGCAAGUGGCACUUUUGGAGGCGAAGCGUUUGUUUCAGCACAUGGAAAAUGGCAGACCAGUUGUUUCUGAUAACCUUCUGAGUCAAGUUGUUGGAGUGGCCUUGGAUAUGAAAGACUCUCACUACAUCAAAUUCUUCCAUCUCACUAUUCCCGAUGCCUUUUACGCCCGAUUCAAAACUCUUAGCCUAGAGGAUGAUACCGCUGAUUUGGAAACCUUCCUUCAGGUGGAAUCGACGGAGUGGCUGGACGGGGCUGAAGUCGACGGUCGACGGAGCAUCGUUCAUCAUAUUAUGGCUUUGGUAAUGUGGGCCGACCAUAUCGUAACGCAUGGCGAAUCCAAUGGCAACCCGGAUGGCAAAGAUGAGUCGAUGGAUACGAGCUCUUGA